AUGCUUGGGGCAGCCACGCCGAAGGCCCCCAGCGCCCCCCCGCAUGCGGCGGCUCCAGGCGGCGCGGCGCCAGCGGCCUUCGGGCGCCGGCCGGAGGCGGGCGCCGGCGCCGACGGCGCCGGCGGCGGCCGGGGCGAGGCCGGCGCGUGGUCGGUGCAGCGGACGGCGCGGCUCGCGCCCGAGGACAUGCGCAGCGGCCUGGUCGAGCAGGCGGAAGUCAUCGACCGGGGCGUCGUGGCAUCCGUGUCCUCUGCGGUCGAGCAGCUGAACAGCGGCGCUAUCGCGUGCGCCGGGGGCCUGUGCGUCGUGCACUCGUCCUCCCUGCAGGCGGACUACUUGCUCUAUCGGGAGGACCGCUGCAGGGACGUCGCCGACGCGGGCCUCCGCGCGCUGGCUGGCGGCCAAGUGACGACGUCGCCGCAGUCGCUCGCGCCCGCGGCGCCACCAGCCGCGGUCCUCAUGAGCCCCAGCAUGUCGCGCCGAAGCAUCUCCGGUCACGGCGCGCUUCAGGGGACGGCCAGUCCGGCGCGCCUGCCGGACAGGUGCCUGCGCUUCGACUCGCCGAGGAUCGCGGAGAGGUGGACGCCGGCGGCGGCCGGCGGCUCGCCCGUGGGCACGCCGUGGCAGGGCGCCGCCCGCGUGCAGGCCUCGCCCAAGAACGCCGACGUACACACCCCGGCAGCCCGCAUGUCUUUCGCGCCGAUGGACGCCGAUGGCGCCUUCGGCGGCGCGGCGAGCCCGCGACCGCCGCGCGCCGCCGCCGCCGAGGGGCGCGCGCCAGACGCGGACGGCCGCUUCCUGACGCCGAGGUGCUGCGCGCCCUCCGCGAAGCCGGGCGGGGCAGGCGGCGCCAGAGGCACCGGAAGCAUGAGGCGGAGCCUGACCCUGAGCCCCACGCGGUGCCUCCAGCGGGACUUCGGGUCCCCCGCGCGGGCCGCCUUCAUCGCCGUGUCGGAGGAGGCCCAGCGCGAGGCGCCCCGCAGGCCCGCGGAGGGCUCCGGGGAGGCGCACGACGUGGGGGGGCGCCAGUUCCGGUUCCUGGACGUGCUCGGCUGCGGGGCGUUCGGCAUCGUCUGGCGGGCGCGGGAGCAGGACAGCGACGCCGACGUCGCGGUCAAGGUGAUCGGCUGCAAGGACGAGGCGAGCCUCGGCGUCGCGACCUUCGAGGCCGACCUGCUGCAGAUGCUCACCGCGGCGAACAGCCACCUCAGGGGCCACGUGCCGGAGUACGUCGCCCACACCGUCGCCAGGAGCCGGGGCGGCGGCGCGGGCGGCGUGGUGCGGCUGGCGAUGUCCUGCGUGCCUGGCGGCGCCUUCGACAGGUGGAUCUACGGCAUCAGCGACGAGGACCACAAGACGGCGGACAUCCCCAAGUUGAUCGACGGGCACUUCCCGGGUGGCCAGCAGGGGCAAUGGGAGUUACGCCCGACCUGCGCUCUGGUGAGGGAGCUCCUCUCCCAGCUGUCGGGCGUCUUCCACGCGCUGCGGCCCAUCGCCUUCCACCGCGACGUCUCCGCGCACAACGUGCUGAUGGACCUCGCGCCUGGCGCCGGGGGCGAGGCCGCGCGCUUCUCGCUGAUAGACUUCGGCCUCGCGGUGCGCUCCAGCAACUGGAACCAGCAGUGGCGCAACUCCAACCUGGCUGGUGACCCGCGCUACUGGGCGCCGGCCGCCUGGAUGGCCUUCGGCUUCGGCUUUAAGUACGUCGCCUCGCACCCGAACCCGGGCUUCCAGCAGCAGUACCUCGCCCGCAUGGACCACUUUGGUCUCGGCGUGAUGGGCCUCGAGGCGCUGUUCUCGCUGUGCAGCCUCCGGGAGGAGGGCUCGCCGGGCAUGCACGAGGCGAGGGGCGCGUGGGCGGCCUACUGGGCCACGGUUGUGAACCUGUUCCAGAUGUUCCACAACAAGGGAGCGCAGGAGGUGCGGACGUUCCUCUCGCACACGCGCGAGGGCGGGUUGGGCGACCUGGUGGACCGCCUCCGGAGCCUGCGGGAGUCCCUCCGCGCCGCGGCGGUGCACCCGCUGAACGGCCACUGCGCGGCGCUGCUGCUCGUCCUGGCGGACCUGGUGGACGAGACGGGCACCAUCGUCUGGGCGGAGGUGCCCGGCAUGCUCUCCGAGGACCUGGCGGACUGA